GGGGCGCAGCUUCCCACGCGGCGGCAGCAGCGCGCUCUGUUUGGCUGAAUCAUUUCAUCGUACCCAGAAUGCAAAGUGAGAGACCAGAAACCUCAGCACGGCAGUCUCAAGCUUUCCAGGUUAUCAUGGUGAUAAGAGACACAUCUUCCCCUUGAGUCGCUGCUGCAGCAACAAAGGAUUUCUUCCUCCGACACAUGAACACACACACACGAACACACACAUCGCGUCCCAUGCAGCGCGCAGACCUGCAGCCGGAGCUGUAGCCCAGAUUGGAGAAAGGACAUAGCGUGUGACCGUCAUGGCAGCGUCGGAGCUGUACACAAAGCGUGCUCGGGUGUGGAUCCCCGAUGCAGAGGAGGUGUGGAAGUCUGCUGAGCUGACCAAUGACUACAAACAUGGCGACGUCUCCCUGCAGCUCAUGCUGGAGGAUGGAACGAACCUUGAGCACAAUCUUGACCCCAAGACGAAGAACCUGCCUUACCUGCGGAACCCCGACAUCCUGGUGGGCGAGAAUGACCUCACGGCACUCAGCUACCUCCACGAGCCGGCAGUGCUGCACAACCUCAAAGUCCGCUUCAUGGACUCCAAGCUCAUCUACACGUACUGCGGAAUCGUUCUGGUGGCCAUCAACCCGUAUGAGACGCUGCAAAUCUACGGAGCCGACAUCAUCAACGCCUACAGCGGGCAGAACAUGGGAGACAUGGACCCACAUAUCUUCGCUGUGGCAGAGGAGGCUUACAAACAGAUGGCCAGGGAUGAGAGGAACCAGUCGAUCAUUGUGAGUGGGGAGUCCGGAGCAGGAAAGACAGUAUCAGCCAAAUACGCCAUGAGAUACUUUGCUACGGUCAGCGGCACCACCAGCGAGGCCAACGUAGAGCAGAAGGUCUUGGCUUCCAACCCCAUCAUGGAGGCCAUUGGAAAUGCAAAGACCACCCGAAAUGACAACAGCAGUCGUUUUGGGAAAUACAUCGAGAUCGGCUUCGACACCCGCUACCGUAUCAUCGGCGCCAACAUGAGAACAUAUCUGCUGGAGAAAUCACGAGUGGUGUUUCAGGCGGACGAGGAAAGGAAUUAUCAUAUCUUCUAUCAGCUCUGUGCAUCGUCCCAUCUGCCUGAUUACAAGAAUCUGAAGCUGAGCAAUGCAAAAGACUUCUUGUACACCAGGCAGGGCCGCAGCCCCGUUAUCGACGGCGUGGACGACACCAAGGAGCUGUCCGCCACUCGCAAUGCCUUCACAUUGCUCGGUAUUAAUGAGUCCAAUCAGUUGGGGUUGUUCCAGGUUCUGGCUGCUAUUCUUCACCUGGGAAACGUGGAGAUAAAGGACAGAGACUCCGACAGCAGCGUCAUCCCUCCCAACAAUCGCCACCUGACGGCGUUCUGCGAGUUGGUAGGCGUGACCUAUCAGGACAUGUCUCAGUGGCUGUGCCACAGGAAGUUGAAGACGGCCACAGAGACGUAUAUCAAGACCCUCCCCCGCCUGCAGGCCACCAACGCCCGCGACGCGCUGUCCAAACACAUCUACGCCAAGCUCUUCAACUGGAUUGUGGAGCACGUUAACAAAGCCCUGAUCACUAAUAUCAAACAGCACUCCUUCAUCGGGGUCCUCGACAUCUACGGGUUUGAGACGUUUGAGAUCAACAGCUUUGAGCAGUUCUGUAUCAACUACGCUAAUGAGAAACUCCAGCAGCAGUUCAACAUGCAUGUGUUCAAGCUGGAGCAGGAGGAGUACAUGAGGGAGCAGAUCCCCUGGACUCUGAUUGACUUCUACGACAAUCAGCCCUGCAUCAACCUCAUAGAGGCCAAGAUGGGCGUGUUGGACCUGUUGGACGAGGAGUGCAAGAUGCCCAAAGGUUCGGAUGAUUCGUGGGCUCAGAAGCUUUACAACACCCACCUAAAGACCUGCUCCCUCUUCGAGAAGCCCCGCAUGUCCAACCGCGCCUUCAUCAUCCAACAUUUUGCUGACAAGGUUGAAUACCAGUGUGAUGGUUUCCUGGAGAAGAACAAGGACACAGUGAACGAAGAGCAGAUCAAUGUGCUGAAGGCCAGCAAGCAGAAGUUUCACCUGCUGGUGGAGCUGUUCCAUGAUGAGGCUAAGGCCACCAGUCCCACCGGGCAGGCCGCCGGCACCGGAGGCCGGACCCGCCUCAGCAUCAAACCUGUGAAGGGCCGUGAAAAGAGCAGCAAGGAGCACAAGAAGACCGUCGGCUGCCAGUUUCGUAACUCUCUGCAAAUGCUGAUGGAAACUUUGAACGCCACCACGCCGCACUACGUACGCUGCAUCAAACCCAAUGACUUCAAGCUGGCCUUCUCGUUUGACCCUAAACGUGCGGUGCAGCAGCUCAGAGCCUGUGGUGUCCUGGAAACCAUCCGCAUCUCUGCUGCAGGUUUCCCAUCCAGAUGGACGUACCAGGAGUUCUUCAGCCGUUACAGAGUGCUGAUGAAGCAGAAGGACGUGUUACCUGACAAGAAGCUGACCUGCAGAAACGUUCUGGAGAAGCUGGUGGAGGAUCAGGAUAAAUACCAGUUUGGUAAGACCAAGAUCUUCUUCAGGGCCGGUCAGGUCGCCUACCUGGAGAAGUUGAGGGCGGACAAGUUGCGUGUUGCCUGCAUUCGCAUCCAGAAAACCAUCCGCUGCUGGCUGGCGCGCAAGAGUUAUCUGCGCAAACGCAGCGCUGCCAUCACCAUCCAGAGGUUCACCAGAGGAUACCAGGCUCGCCGUCUGGCCAAGUUCAUGCGUCGCACGCAGGCGGCCACCACCAUCCAGAAGAACCAGAGGAUGGUAGUGGAGAGGAAACGCUACAGGCAGAAGCAGGCUGCCGCUCUGGUCAUGCAGACGAUCCUCAGAGCUUACAUGGCCCGGCAGAUGUACCAGGCGUUACUGCGGGAGCAAAAGGUGGUGAUCAUUCAGAAGCGCGUCCGUGGCUGGUUGGCUCGGUGCUGGUACAAGCGCUGCCUGGAGUCCAUCGUCUACCUGCAGUGCUGCAUCCGCAGGAUGAGGGCCAGACAAGAGUUGAAGAAGCUGAAGAUCGAGGCUCGCUCAGUGGAGCACUUCAAGAAGCUCAACAAAGGCAUGGAGAACAAGAUCAUGCAGCUGCAGAGGAAGAUCGACGAGCAUACCAAGGAGAACCGGUUGGUCAAAGAGAAGCUAGUCGUUCUGGAGACUUCCUACACAACAGAGAGCGAGCGGAUGCGUGCUGAGGUGAACCGGCUGCGUGGGGUGGAGGAGGACGCCAAGAACAAAGGCAUCCGGGUGACCUCGCUGCUGGAGGAGCUGGAGAAGCUGAAGAAGGAGCUGAGUUCCACACAGAAGGAGAAGAAGACCAUCGAGGACUGGGCGAAAACAUACAGGCACGAAAUGGAGAAGAUGGUGUCGGAGCUGAAGGAGCAGAACGGCUCGCUGAAGAAGGAGAAGGACGACUUGAACAGGUUGAUUCAGGAACAGAGUCAGCAGAUGACAGAGAAAAUGGCCCGUGCGAUAGUACAGGAGACUCAGCAGCUGGAGACGGAUCUGAACGAGGAGCGAUCUCGUUACCAGAAUCUCCUGACGGAGCACCGCCGCCUCGAGGAGAAAUACGACGACCUGAAGGAGGCGAUGGCUUCCUCGAACGUCUCCAAGCCGGGCCACAGGAGAACAGACUCCAACCACAGCAGCAACGAGUCCGAGUACACCUACAACUCCGAAUACGCCGAAUUAGAAGAAGGUUCCCGUGCUGCUGAAGAUGUGACUCGAGGAAUAGACACCUCGCUGACCCUCAAGCUGCAGAAACGUCUCACAGAACUGGAGCAGGAGAAGCAGUCGCUGCGCAACGAGCUGGAAAACAAAGAGGACCAGUUCCAGCGGGCUAGAGCCAGGGACGACGUAGAGUUUAAAAAGGCUCGCGGAGCAGAGCUGGAGUACGAGUCGUUGAAGCGCCAGGAGCUGGAGUCGGAGAACAAGAAACUGAAACAUGACCUGGUGGAGAUUAGGCAAAGCCUGCUGGGUAAAGCAGCUACAGGCGCCGGGGCACCGGGCUCUCCAGCUUACAAGGUGGUCUUAGAGCAGCUCAACGCCUCCUGCGAGGAGCUGGAGGUCCGUAAGGAGGAGGUGCUGAUCCUGCGCUCCCAGCUGGUCAGCCAGAAGGAAGCCAUGCACCACAAGGAUGAGAAGGAAACCAUGACUGAGCCUUCCGUCUAUGUCGAGGAUGUGUCCAAACUGAAGGACGCCGGUGAACUCAAGCAAGCUUACGUAGGCCUCAAAGACACCAACAGGUUGCUGGAGCACCAGCUGCAGACUCAGCGGAGAGGUUACGAUAACGAGGUGGAGUCGUUGCGCGGCGAGCUGCAGAAUGUCAAGGAGGAGAACAACCGUCAGCAGCAGCUCUUGGCACAAAACCUCCAGCUGCCUCCAGAGGCCCGAAUCGAAGCCAGUCUGCAACACGAGAUCACCCGGCUCACCAACGAGAACCUGGAACUCCUGGCUGAGGACCCCACAGCGUCCCGAGAGGCUCGAGUCAACGUUUUACGACGGAUGGUUGAUCUAAUGGAGCAGCUGGAGAAGCAGGACCGAACCAUUCGCAAGCUCAAGAAGCAGCUGAAGGUUUACUCCAAGAGGAUCGGAGAGAUGGGAGCGGGUCAAACCGAGGGACAGACGUCUCCAGGACAGAUGGUGGACGAACCCAUUCACCCCGUCAACAUUCCUCGCAGGGAGAAAGAUUUCCAAGGGAUGCUGGAGUACAAGAAGGAGGAUGAGCUCAAACUGGUCAAGAACCUGAUCCUUGAGCUGAAGCCUCGUGGUGUGGCUGUGAAUCUGAUCCCAGGUCUGCCGGCCUACAUCCUGUUCAUGUGUCUGAGACAUGCAGACUACAACAACGAUGACCAGAAGGUCCGCACCCUGCUCACCUCAACCAUCAACAGCAUUAAGAAGAUCCUGAAGAAACGAGGAGACGACUUUGAGACGGUCUCCUUCUGGCUCGCUAACACCUGCCGCUUCUUACACUGUCUGAAACAAUACAGCGGAGACGAGGCCUUCAUGAAGCACAACACUCAGAGGCAGAACGAACACUCUCUGUCCAACUUCGACCUGGCAGAGUACCGACAGGUGAUCAGUGACCUGGCCAUCCAGAUCUACCAGCAGCUGAUCAAAUGCAUGGAGAACAUCCUGCAGCCCAUGAUCGUCUCCGGCAUGCUGGAACACGAGACCAUCCAGGGCGUGUCGGGGGUGAAGCCCACAGGUCUCCGUAAGCGGACCUCUAGUAUCGCCGACGAGGGCACCUACACCCUGGACUCCAUCCUGCGGCAGCUCGGCGCCUUCCACUCCACCAUGUGUCAGCACGGCACCGACCCCGAGCUCAUCAAGCAGGUGGUGAAGCAGCAGUUCUACAUCAUCGGAGCCGUCACCCUCAACAACCUGCUGCUACGCAAGGACAUGUGCUCCUGGAGCAAAGGCAUGCAGAUCAGAUACAAUGUGAGCCAGCUGGAGGAGUGGCUCAGAGACAAAGGCCUGAUGACAUGCGGCGCCAAAGAGACCCUGGAGCCUCUGAUCCAGGCCGCUCAGCUGCUGCAGGUGAAGAAAAAGACUGACGAGGACGCCGAGGCCAUCUGCUCCAUGUGCCUGGCCCUCACCACCGCUCAGAUUGUGAAGGUCCUGAACCUCUACACUCCAGUCAACGAGUUUGAGGAGAGAGUAUCGGUGUCAUUCAUACGAACCAUACAGACUCGCUUGCGAGACCGCUGCGAGAGUCCCCAGUUGUUGAUGGACACGAAGAUGAUUUACCCGGUCACCUUCCCGUUCAGCCCCUCCUCCCUCGCCCUGGAAACCAUCCAGAUCCCCAGCUCGCUCAACCUGGCGUUCCUCACCCGUGUCUAAACCGACGGCCCCACAGGACGGCGGAGACUUUGAUGUCGUGGCCACAGUUGGAAUUUCAAUGUUUUAACACAAUUUUGAGCAAAUUAUGUCAAAAAAAAAAAAAGAAACUGAGAAGCUUCUAAUUGAAAACAAGGUUUCCAGUUCUCUUCAGAUGUC